CAAACAAGGACUUUCUCUACAAUACUGAGUCGCAUGGGAAAUGUGUUGGUUUUCGGACUGUUAGUGGCCGCCACAUUGAUCAUGAGAAAAGGAUACUGGUCACCAGUUCGAACCGGGUUCUUUUGUGGGGAUAUGUCCAUACAUCACCCCAUCAAGCCAGAAUCUUCACCGUCCAACUUGCUUCUAGUUGGUGGCAUCGUGGUCACUUUCGUCAUGUUGGCCUUAACUGACGUGUUAGAAAUGAAACCUUUCACCAAAGACUCAAAGAGGGAAAACAUCAAGCGAUGCCUUGGACGCUCUCUAUCCUCCUUUGGUUUGUACUUAUUUGGUCUUUGUCUGAGUGUAUUUCUGACGGAACUGGGGAAGCGAUUCUCCGGUGUCCUUCGUCCCAACUUUCUGGCGGUUUGCCGGCCCAACGUCACAUGUUCCAACGAGGCUGAUCUUUUCGAGUACCAUAUCAACUACGAGUGUCUCGGAGAUGAUUCCUCCUCAAGAAAGUCUUUCCCUUCGGGCCAUGCCUCGUUUAUCGCUUAUAUGGCAGUAUUCAUCUUUCUCUAUCAGGAAAACAGGCCUUUAAGCAAGUGUUGUGUGCUGCUCAAGCCCAUGAUCCAGAUAGUGCCCAUUAGCAUUGCUUGGGUUACUGGGCUCUCGCGCGUAACGGAUCACGUCCAUCACCCAUCGGAUGUUUUGUGCGGAUUCAUCUUGGGAGGUGUGGUUGGAGUGUGGGCUUGUCGCUUAACUCUCAAUAGAACUUGCUAUUCGGGUGAACCUGAAUCUUCGGUGCCCCAGAUCGAAAAACAAAUGUCCAUGAAGCCCUCACAAUAUACGUCCGUAACAGAGACUUUGUCAAAUCAAAAUAAUUCGGCUGAAGUAUUAGUUUCGUGAAAUAAGUCAUUUUAGUUUGAAAUUAAAUCGGCAUCAAAACCGU